AUGGCCAAGCGAAUCAAAUGCUUUGAUUAUCAUCCCAAAGUCAUUGAGACCAAACAAUCAGGGGAAAAACUGGGGUUCGCAGAGGACGAGGAGUCGAGCAAUGAAAACUACAUAAGCAAAUUCAAGAGGAACACUAGGAUUAACAAGUGCAAUAAUGACAUCCUACUUAGCAGUUAUUCUUCUAACAGGUGUUUCAAGACUUUUUCAUUAGCUCAGACAUCGCCAUGGAAUAAGAUCGGGGGUUAUAUGUUUAUUUCCUGCAAUGAAACCAUGGAGAAAGACAUUAAGAUGCAGUUGUUCUGUUUGCCACUAAGCUAUUGUGACUCUGUCAGGGCAAUUACUCCAGGAAUGCCUCUUUUCCUUUACAAUGAAACAACUCGCCAGCUUCAUGGAAUUUUUGAAGCAACCAGUUUUGGGGGUUAUAAUAUAGAUUCAACAGUCUGGGAAGAUAUCAACUAUAAGGGCACUUCUAGGUUUCCCGCACAGGUGAGGAUUCGUAUUAAGAAGCUCUGCAAGCCCCUUGAGGAGGAUGCAUUCAGGCCAAUUUUACAAAAUUAUUGUGACCCCACAGCUAGCUUUGAACUCUCAAUUGUAGAAACCUCGGCCCUAUUAGAUUUGUACGAGAAACAUGACAUGAAACUUAAUGAAGCUUUUGGGAAGAGCAAGCUGAAGGAAAGGAUGUAUCCAGUUAAAACAAACAGCUAG